GGCGAAGAGUGGAGUGACGGCCUCAAAGGUCACAUGACAGGGGCGCGGGUAGGGGCUGCCACUGUUGCUUGGGGCGGGGGGCCGGAAUUUGACCGACCAUGAGUUUUCUUGGAGGCUUGUUUGGUCCCAUAUGUGAAAUUGAUGUUGUUCUUAAUGACGCAGAAUCACGAAAAACUGCUGAAAUCAAAACAGAAGAUAGUAAAAUUGAAAAGCAUUAUCUCUUCUAUGAUGGAGAAUCUGUUUCUGGAAAGGUGAACAUAGUCUUUAAACAACAUGGGAAGAGGCUAGAGCACCAAGGAAUUAGAAUUGAAUUUGUAGGACAAAUUGAACUUUUCAAUGACAAGAGCAAUACUCAUGAGUUUGUAAACCUAGUGAAAGAGCUGGCCUUACCUGGUGAAUUAACACAAAGCAGAAGUUAUGACUUUGAAUUUAUGCAAGUUGAGAAGCCUUAUGAAUCCUACAUUGGUGCCAACGUCAGAUUGAGAUAUUUCCUUAAAGUGACAAUAGUUAGAAGAUUGUCAGACUUGAUAAAAGAAUAUGACCUUAUUGUGCACCAGCUCGCAACAUAUCCAGAUGUUAACAACUCUAUUAAAAUGGAAGUUGGCAUUGAAGAUUGUCUGCACAUAGAAUUCGAAUACAACAAAUCCAAGUAUCAUUUAAAGGAUGUGAUUGUUGGAAAAAUUUACUUCCUCUUAGUAAGAAUAAAAAUCCAGCAUAUGGAACUGCAAUUGAUCAAAAAGGAGAUCACUGGAAUCGGACCCAGUACCACAACAGAGACGGAGACUAUUGCAAAGUAUGAAAUUAUGGAUGGUGCACCAGUCAAAGGCGAAUCUAUUCCCAUAAGACUCUUCUUGGCAGGAUAUGAUCCAACACCUACAAUGAGGGAUGUGAAUAAGAAGUUUUCAGUAAGAUACUUCUUGAAUCUAGUGCUAGUGGAUGAAGAAGACAGACGGUACUUCAAGCAGCAGGAGAUAAUUCUUUGGAGAAAAGCUCCCGAGAAACUGAGGAACAACGUACCAACUUUCACCAGCGAUUUGAAAGUCCAGAACCUCAGGCAACUGCAGAGCAGCCUGAAAUGUGAUCUUGAGGGUGAAAGAACUGUUGACAGAUUAGCAGGUUAAUUGGUGUUAACAGCCAGUAGGGAAGAAGGCCAAAAUUCUAAUUACAACAGUCUUCCUUCAUCUCACAGUGCUGCAUUUGCCACACUACUAAAACAUUCUUCACGUAAACAUUCAGAUGUGUACAUACAUUUAAAAUAAGUGCUUUCUCAAACACUGGAACUUUCUUAAGCUAUUUUAUACUGCACAUUUUAUUUUUGUCUGGUGUGAUGCACUCAGAUACGCAUAAAGCUUAAAAGAAAUCUGUGUGUUUCCAUGCAUGUAGGCUGGUGCAUUUAAGUUUUGCUUUAUCAUUGAUGGUAGACUAAAGCAUUUCUUCUUCGUAUACCACAUUUCAUAUCAUAUUUCAGUGUCUGUUACUUGUAUCCUUGGAAACCAAUAAAAGUUAUGAUGGUCUAAAACGUCAGUUUCAGGAUUUAUAAUGGGCUUUUGUCCUAAAACUACUCUGUUGCUCCCCUCCCUUCCUAGGAAAUAUUUAAUGUAUAUGAAACAUUAUGUAUUUGCUGGGGUAUUUUUGAAACCACACUGUGUUCAUACCUCCUAUUUUACUGAGUAAUCUGGUAGACAAACUUCUUCCUCAGUUCAGUUUUGUGUGAGGGGAUUCUGCUCUUCUGAUUAGUUUCUUAGAACUUCCAUCCCAAUAAUUAUGUUGUCUGGCUCCAAAGCUGCCGAGAAGGCUUAUUAGCUUACAGAAUAAAUGUAGAUGUGUAAUUUCACAUGGAGGUACAAUGUGUAAAUGUUUUAGUAUAGCUUUUAUUGACUAAAAUAUUGAAUUCCAGGACACAUGCAUAAAACUCUGCUUGCACUCAGAUCCACACAGAUUCAUCUUAUCAUUUUCCUUUAAACAGCUCCAGCUGAGGAACAGUUGUGUGCAUGUGUUUUCCUGCGCAUUUUCUUUUCUGCUCUACUAUAAUGAAAACCAACUGGGUCUUAUAGAAAAUGUGGACUUUCCAGUCCUUCACACAAUGUAGUUGUUUUCCCUGCAGGAUUCCUCUCACUUACACCAUGGCUUUUUCUUAACAGCCAGCAAUUGAAUAGCAUUCUCAAUAUACAAUUAUAUCAAUAUACUAAUCACAUUCUCUGAAAACAGCUUUCUUUUAAAAAAAAAUCUUGUCUACCCUUUCAUAGUCAUGUAUGGAAAAGGGCAUAUUUCCAAGGAAAGGGGCUAGAGAUUUUUGAGCAGAAUGGCAGCUAGUAAUUCAGAGAAUCUGAUACAUAAAUUGGUAUUACUGGUAUGUUGAUUGUAAUGCUAUCUAAUGGUUGAUGGGGUGGGGGUGGGGGGGUCUACCAGGGAAAUAUGCUGUAGAAACCCUGUUGCAGCUGGUACUGUAUUAGUAGCCAUGGCAACAAAAGGGAAACUGCACAACCUGUCCUUGCGUGAAAAUACCUUCCUCUCUCCACAGUUCAGCAUGCUGUCUGUUUUCAGAACACAUUGUUACGUGUUGGGCACCACAUGGAACCUGCUGAAUGGAAGCCUUCUCACAUUUGUAGUUCACUUGGCCUAUAUACCAAGAAUGUUUCUAAACUUCAGUGCAAGUAUUAUUGGUUACCUUACUUUAUGAGUAAGGAAAAUUACUAAAUCUAUACUUCUGUAAGAACUGUUUUAUUACUACGGCACUUUGAUAAAAGCAGUCCGAUACUGCUAGCUAGGAUGCUUCUGUUAAUACGGCUGCCUGUGAUUGAGAGAACUUAACUCCCUCAUGUAAGUGCCUGAUCAGAAUUUCAGAAGAAAAGCCAAAUAUUUUCAUGGACACUUGCAUGUUGCAAUCUGGAAACUAUUCUAAGACAUUUUGAAAACUGAUUGUAUUUAACCAGCCUCAACUUGUGCAACUGUGUAUAAUAGUCAUAAUGAACUGCUAUUUGGAUUAUUAAAAAUAGCUGUAUUCUCACUAAA